GUGGUGGACUCUACGUGGAAAGCUUCACCCAGAUGCAGGGCAGCGCCGCCCACUUCACCAACUGCAUCGCAAAUUAUGACGGUGGUGGGCUCAUGGCCAAAAGCUUCAUCCAGAUGCAGAACAGUUCGGCGCAGUUCGAGAACUGCACCGCAGAAUACGGCGGUGGCGCGCGCGUCUAUGACGUUUUCAGCCAGGUCAAUGCCUCCGCCACCUUCCGAGGCUGCAGAGCUGACGACGAAGGCGGAGGGCUGAACGCACUCAGCUUCGACCAGGACCAGGGAGCGGUGGCGGAGUUUGCCAAUUGCAGUGCAAAGAACAAUG